GUGUUUAACGUAUAAAAGACUCGCAGAUAGUCCUUUGGUCUUCUUCUUCCAUAUCAGCCGAUACUCUCAAGCUCUACGUUCAUUCUUCCCUUGAAUCCCACCCGAUCUACGCACUCUGAACCUUUUUUGCCCACAGCCAUAUCAAAAUGGCCCUAGAAGUACCCAUCACCGACUUCACGCCCACAAUCCAUAAAACACCCUAUCCUGCCAUCUCACCAACCCGCAAGGAGCUGAACCAAGCUGGCAAGAAUGUCCUCAUCACCGGCGGCGGUACAGGAAUCGGCAAAGCCACUGCUCGAAACUUCGUACUUGCGUCCGCAGCCACCGUCAUCAUCGUUGGCCGCCGGCCCGAUGUACUGAAAGCAGCUGGCGCUGAACUCGAGCGAGAGGCGACGGCUGUCAAGUCUCCCACGAAGAUCAUCGUACGCAGCUGCGACAUGACUAAGAGCUCAGAGGUCAACGCUCUUUGGGAUGAUCUCAAGGCCCAGGGCACAACGGUCAAUGUUCUUGUCCUGAAUGCAGCCAAGUUUAGUGAGACGAAGCCGCUUUUUGAACUUGGUAUAGAGGAGGUUUGGUCGCAGAUGGAGGCCAACGUCAAGGGCCCGCUGCAAUUCGCUGAGCGAUUCUACAAGCAGGACGACAAGAGCGAGAAAGUGAGUAUCUUCGAUCUCGUUACCACGAUUCGUGACAAUUAGCUGACCAGCGCCGACUCUAGUCCCUCCUCAACGUAACGACCGCGGCUAUCCACAUGCUUCAGAAUCCCAUCGUUAUUGCUCGUCCGGCUUAUAGCCUUACCAAGCUUAGCGGAACCCUCGCUAUUCAGCUCCUUGCCAAUAGCAUACCACAGGAUAAGACUCAGAUCAUCAGUUACCACCCGGGGAUGGUAUAUGGCGAUGGAUGGAUUUCCUCGGGUAUCACCGAGGACAUGCUCCCCUUUGAU